AUGGCGUUGCAAGCUCAGGCUCCAGAUCCAAGUGAGCGCAUAUUUGUCGAGUUGCGCAGCAAGAAUGAGGAGACCAAGAGCAAGGCUGCUACUGAGCUGAGGGAACUCAUCACCCUUCUUUCACGAGAAUGGCCUCCAGAACGUUUCAGCGCAUUUUACGAUAGAGUCACAAAUCGAAUCAGCAACCUCAUAGUUCAAGCACCCGAGUCCAGUGACAAAGUUGGAGGUAUCCUCGCCCUAGACCGUCUGAUCGACUGUGAAGCCGUCGAUGCUGCUCAGAAAGCCUCCAAAUAUUCAAACUAUCUCCGAGCAGCCCUGAAAAGCAAUGACUUCGUGGUUCUCGAUGCGGCAAGCCGUGCUCUUGGCCACCUGGCUCGACCUGGUGGUGCAUAUACUGCGGAGCUCGUUGAAGCUGAGAUGACAUCUGCCUUUGAAUGGCUACAGCCAGAGAACAAGCAGGAGAGUCGAAAACUGGCCGCAGUCCUCCUCAUCCGAGAAAUGGCCAAGAAUUCUCCAACCUUGGUCUACGGAUUCAUUCCUCAGAUCUUCGAGUUGAUUUGGAACGCCCUACGAGACCCAAAAGACCUCAUCCGGAGAAUAGCGGCACAGUCUGUCAGUGCUUGUUUUGGGGUGAUGGUGGCACGAGAUCCUCAGUUUCAGGCACACUGGUUUGCCAAAAUUUACUCCAAAGCACUCGAAGGCUUUCGUCCCAACACCACAGUUGAUGAAAUCCUGGGAUCUCUUCUCAUUCUUAUGGAACUCCUUCAGCAGGGAAAUAUGUUUAUGCAUGACUUUUAUCGGAAUGCUUGCGAAAUCGUACUCCGCUUGAAGGACCACAGAGACGCGAGAAUCAGAACGCAGGUUGUCCAGAUCAUUCCCGUGCUCGCCGAAUAUGCACCACUGGACUUCAUCAACAACUACCUUCAUAAAUUUAUGAUUUAUCUGCAGGCACAGCUCAAACGUGAAAAAGAACGAAACCAAGCCUUCAUUGCUAUAGGACAGAUUGCAAAGGCAGUUGGCAGUUCCAUCGCUCAGUACCUCGAUGGCAUUGUCCUCUACAUCCGCGAAUCGCUCAGUGCAAAAACGAAGAAUAGGGCGGCAGUGGAUGAAGGUCCCAUGUUCCGGUGCAUUAGUAUGCUUGCAGGAGCAGUGGGACAGACACUUAGCAAGUACAUGGAAGCACUUCUCGAUCCCAUCUUUGCCUGCGGGCUCACAGAACCAUUGGAAAAUGCACUCGAAGAUAUGGCGCAUAACAUCCCGCCUAUCAGAUCAACGAUACAGGACAAACUACUGGAUCUCCUAAGCUUGAUUCUCGUUCGCUCUCCAUACCGACCUCUUGGUUGUCCGCCGAACAGAAUCCCUCCUUUGCCUUCAUUUGCGAAAGAUUAUGGUGGCCUUCCAGCAGAGUACAAAGACUCCGAGAUCACCCUCGCUCUUAUGACACUUGGGAAAUUCGACUUUACAGGGCAUAUUCUCAAUGAAUUCGUCCGAGAUGUCACCCUGCGAUACGCGACGAAUGAAAAUCCAGACAUCCGCCGAGCUGCCUCUCUCACCUCUUGCCAACUAUUUAUGCAAGAUCCAAUCCUGCACCAGACCAGUAACAAUGCGAUCCAAGUGGUUGGAGAGGUUGUAGACAAGCUUUUGACUGUUGCCGUAGGGGACCCAGAUGCUGACAUUCGAACGACUGUACUCCGGGCUCUGGACAAGAAGUUCGACAAGCAUCUGGCAAGACCAGAGAACAUCCGCUGCCUUUUCUUGGCCGUGAAUGACGAGGUUUUUGCUGUCCGCGAGGCUGCUAUCGAAAUCAUAGGAAGAUUGACAACUGUGAACCCCGCAUACGUCUUUCCGCCAUUGCGGAAGCUUUUGGUCAACUUAUUGACAGGACUCGGUUAUUCGAACACCGCCAAGCAGAAAGAAGAGAGUGCACGUUUGAUCAGUUUGUUUGUUGCAAAUGCGACAUCGCUUGUCAAGACGUACGUGGAAGCUAUGGUCUCUGCACUCCUACCAAAAGCCACCGAUUCCAAUCCCGGCGUAGCCUCAACGACCAUCAGAGCACUCGGAGACCUCACUUCUGUUGGAGGGGAAGAAAUGGUGCAACAUAUUCCUGAACUGAUGCCCAUCAUUAUUGAUGCACUCCAAGAUCUCGCAUCUCAUGAUAAGCGAGAAUCAGCCAUGAGAACAUUGAGCUCCCUUGCUGUCAACUCACAAUACGUCAUUGAUCCUUAUAUCGAUUAUCCCGAGCUUCUAGGCAUAUUGAUCAAUUUAAUCAAGACAGAAGCCCACGAAGAGCUCCGAACUGAUGCUAUCAAAUUGGUUGGCGUUCUAGGAGCCCUUGAUCCUUACAAAUACCAACAACUGAGCGAGUCAGUGGCUGAAAAACAGAGCAAGGCAGAAGUUCAACCUGUAUCCGAUGUUGCUUUGAUCAUGCAAGGCCUGACCCCUUCCAAUGAAGAAUAUUAUCCGACCGUCGUCAUCAACACACUCAUGCAAACAAUUUUGGCCGAUCAUACUUUGGUUCAAUACCAUAGUGCUGUCAUUGACGCCGUUGUGACCAUAUUCAAAACUAUUGGUAUGAAAUGUGUUCCCUUCCUGGGUCAAAUCAUCCCUGGAUUCCUCGGCGUGAUCCGCAGCUCACAUCCUAGUCGGCUUGAGUCAUACUUCAAUCAGCUUGCUGUACUGGUGAAUAUUGUUCGCCAGCACAUCCGUGCAUUUCUGCCAGAAGUCAUCGCGGUGAUACGUGAGUUUUGGAAUGUUUCGAGACAAGUACAGUCCACCAUUCUAUCUUUGGUGGAAGCAAUUUCAAAGUCACUUGAAGGGGAAUUCAGAAGAUAUCUUGCAGGACUCCUGCCACUCAUGCUGGCAGUUAUCGAAAACGACACUGACCUUAGAAGGGAGUCGUCGAUUCGUAUCCUUCAUACUUUCCUCGUCUUUGGUGCGAGUGGGGAAGAAUACAUGCAUAUGAUUGUCCCAGCGAUUGUUGGUAUCUUGGAAAAUCCAGCGGCACCCACAAAUGCAAGAAGAGCUGCAAUUGACUCUUUAGGAAAGCUUUCAAGGACUGUCAAUGUUACAGACUUUGCAUCGCUAAUGGUUCACCCACUUGCGAAGAUCUUGUCCAGUCCUGAGAAAGUAUCUACCAAUUCUUCGGAACGAUCUUUGAAAACUGCUGCUCUUGAUUGCGUCUGUGCACUCAUCUAUCACCUUGGUCAAGAUUUCAUUCACUAUCUACCUCUGGUUGAACGAGCAACAAAGGCUGGACAAAUUAAUUCUGAGCGGUUUCAAAAACUCGUUGAAAACUUCAAGACUGGCAAAUCGUUACCUGUGGACUUCUACCCAGAGGAGCAAUAUGGAAUGUCAGCCGAGGACACCACAUACGCCAACAUCACAUCACAAAGACUUCCUGUCAACCAACAGCACCUGAAGAACGCAUGGGAUACUUCUCAGAAAUCCACCAAGGAAGAUUGGCAAGAAUGGAUGCGCAGAUUCAGUGUUGAACUAUUGAAAGAAUCUCCAUCACAUGCGCUACGUGCGUGCGCAAGCCUUGCUGGUGUCUAUCAGCCGCUGGCGAAAGACCUUUUCAAUUCGGCUUUUGUUUCAUGCUGGACGGAACUCUAUGACCAAUAUCAAGAAGAACUUAUCCGUUCUAUAGAGAAAGCACUCACCUCAACAGCCAUUCCUCCAGAUAUUCUACAAACCCUUCUCAACCUUGCAGAAUUCAUGGAGCAUGACGAUAAAUCCCUUCCCAUAGACAUCAGAACUCUGGGCAAAUACGCAGCCAAGUGCCACGCUUUUGCCAAAGCACUUCAUUACAAAGAACUCGAAUUCGAGCAAGAUCAGAACAGCCAUAGUGUGGAAGCUUUGAUAAGUAUCAACAACCAGCUACAGCAGUCUGAUGCAGCUAUCGGUAUCCUGCGCAGAGCACAACUCUUUGGUGAAGUCGAAUUAAAGGAGGCAUGGUUUGAGAAACUGCAGCGCUGGGAAGAAGCGUUGGCUGCGUACCAAAAACGCGAAAAGAUUGAACCUGACAAUUUCGACAUCAUCAUGGGGAAGAUGCGAUGUUUGCACGCCCUUGGUGAGUGGAAAAUGUUGUCUGAAAUUGCACAAGAGCAUUGGAAUAGUGCCAGUACCGACAACCGAAAGAACAUGUCUGCACUUGCCGCUGCCGCUGCUUGGGGUAGGGGUGAAUGGGACCUGAUGGAUAACUACAUCAGUGUUAUGAAAGAAAGUUCUCCAGACCGAGCAUUCUUUGGUGCUAUCUUGGCAAUUCAAAGGAAUAACUUUCAUGAAGCUCAUCACUUUAUUCUUCGAGCGCGGGAAGGCGUUAAUUCUGAGAUCACGACUACCAUUGGUGAGUCUUAUAACCGUGCUUACGGUGUGGUUGUCCGGACACAGAUGCUCGCUGAGCUUGAAGAAAUCAUAUCCUACAAGCAGAGCGAUGGUAUGACUGCAAGACAAAACUCCUUGAAAUUGUUAUGGAACAAAAGAUUGCUGGGUUGCCAAUCAAAUGUCGAAGUCUGGCAGCGAAUGCUUAAGGUCCGCGCUCUCGUGUUGACUCCAACAGACAAUCCAGAUAUCUGGAUCAAAUUCGCCAACCUAUGUCGGAAGUCAGAUCGAAUAGGACUCGCUGAACGAUCGCUGGCGUCCCUUGGAGGAGCAGGCGACUCUCCAGGUGAACCAGGCGGCGCACCUCCACCGGUCGCUUAUGCUCGGCUCAAGUUCAACUGGGCUACUGGGAGUCAGCAAUCUGCACUCUCUUUCUUGCGAGACUUCACGAUGCGGCUUGCGGAUGAUUUCCAGGUGAAUACUAGCUUGGCAUCUGGAAUCCAUAACGAAAGAAUGAAUUCAGCGAACAACGUGGAGAUGAAUGGACACGAACAAUUGAUACAGCGACGCAAGCACGAGGAAUUGGAUAAGUGUGCUAAACUCCUUGCCAAAUGCUACUUGAGACAAGGAGAGUGGCAAUCACAUCUUCUCCGAGGUGAUUGGACAAGUCCACGAGCGCAAGACGCCGUUCGUGAUAUCUUGAACUCAUACCAAGCAGCGACGCAAUAUAACGAAACUUGGUACAAGGCAUGGCAUGCAUAUGCAUUGGCCAACUUUGAAGUCGUCACAUCGAUGGCUCCCCAUACAGACCAGGAUAAGGUCAGAACUCUUCCAGAGCAUGCCAUUCAAAAUCAUGUUGUGCCUGCUGUUGGAGGCUUUUUCAGAUCCAUUGCAUUGUCGAAAACGAGCUCUUUGCAAGAUACUCUCCGCUUGUUGACUCUUUGGUUUGCCCAUGGUGGUCACGGUGAGGUCAAUCAAGCCGUGAUCGAAGGGUUUGCCUCUGUGAGCAUUGAUACAUGGUUAGAGGUCAUCCCUCAAUUGAUUGCUCGUAUCAAUCAACCGAAUCCGAGAGUCAGAGCUGCAGUACACCGACUACUAGCUGAGGUUGGCAAGGCACAUCCUCAAGCUCUAGUCUAUCCCUUGACUGUCGCUAUGAAAUCAUCGGUUGCUAGACGUGCGAACUCCGCGGCUCAAAUCAUGGACAGCAUGAGAGUCCACAGUCCGAAGUUAGUGGAGCAUGCAGAUCUUGUAAGCCAUGAACUGAUCAGAGUGGCUGUUUUGUGGCAUGAAUUAUGGCACGAGGGUCUUGAAGAGGCGUCACGCUUGUAUUUCGGUGAUCAAGACGUUGAAGGCAUGCUUGCUACAUUAGCACCUCUACAUGAACUCCUCGACCGUGGUGCCGAAACCUUACGAGAAGUCUCGUUUGCACAAGCGUUUGGACACGAUCUAGCAGAAGCUAGGGCCUUCUGCAACACCUUCCGUCGGUCCAAGGAGAUUGGCGAUCUGAAUCAAGCUUGGGAUCUUUAUUAUGCCGUUUUCCGGAAAAUUGCGCGCCAACUACCGCAAUUGAUGAGUCUCGAUCUGAAAUAUGUCUCGCCAAGACUCAAAGAUGCUCACGAUCUGGAUCUGGCCGUCCCCGGGACUUAUUUCUCUGGAAAGCCUAUCAUCAAGAUCAUCAGCUUCAAUCAUGUCCUUACUGUUGUGCCGUCGAAACAGCGGCCUCGUAAAAUGACGCUGAAAGGUUCCGAUGGAAUAGCUUACGAUUUCCUACUCAAGGGACAUGAAGACAUUCGUCAGGAUGAACGAGUCAUGCAACUAUUUGGCUUGGUCAACACUCUUCUGACCCAUGAUACCGAGUCGUUCAAACGUCAUCUGAACAUCCAGCGAUUCCCGGCGAUUCCACUUUCACAAAAUAGCGGUCUCUUGGGUUGGGUGCCCAAUUCAGACACGUUGCAUAACUUGGUGAAGGAGUAUCGCGAGUCGCGUCGCAUUUUACUCAACAUCGAGCACAGAAUUAUGCUUCAAAUGGCGCCUGAUUAUGACAACCUGACACUGAUGCAAAAGGUAGAGGUCUUUGGCUAUGCGAUGGACAAUACUACAGGAAAAGACCUGUAUCGUGUGCUCUGGCUCAAGUCGAAGAGCUCUGAAGCCUGGCUUGAUCGACGCACCAACUAUACCAGAUCACUUGCUGUCAUGAGCAUGGUUGGAUACAUUCUUGGUUUGGGUGAUCGCCAUCCAUCAAAUCUCAUGCUUGAUCGGAUAACGGGCAAGAUCAUCCACAUCGAUUUUGGCGACUGUUUCGAGGUUGCGAUGCACCGUGAGAAAUACCCCGAACGGGUGCCAUUCAGAUUAACCCGAAUGCUCACCUUCGCCAUGGAAGUUAGCAACAUCGAAGGCUCCUUCAGAAUCACAUGCGAAAACACCAUGCGUGUGAUCCGCGAGAAUAAAGAAUCUCUUCUCGCGGUCUUGGAAGCCUUCAUCCAUGAUCCUCUUCUCAACUGGCGUCUCAAUACUCGCGAAUCACCGCCCAGACCCCAUUUCCGCUCGGAACGCCGCCAGAGCAUUAUUGAUGUUCCUGGUGCACCAGCAGAUGAUUACGAUCGAAGUCCAAUGGAGGUCAAUAAUCCAUCAGCCCUCAUAGCCGGUGCUGCAGCACAAAGCCACGUUGGUGCACCACCUGGCCGCCGUCAUCGCCGAAGUAGCAUCCUCGACCCAGCCAUGGUGGGUGGACGCAGCAUCCUCGAAGCGGCGAAAGGUGGCGAGCAAAACACAGCAGCUCAAGAAGCAAAAGAAGUCCAAAACGCACGUGCCCUCCAAGUCCUCGCACGCAUCAAGGAGAAGUUGACUGGCCGCGACUUCAAGCCCUCGAGUCCUGGAUCCGCCAGCGCAGCCGUGACCGCCAACCUCCGCGCCGACCUUAAUGGGCUCGGCCUUGGAAUCGGCCUGGGUCAUAUGGAAUCCGGAUCGAAGAUUAAUGGUCACAACAAUUUGUCGUUGCAGCAGCAGGUUAGUGGCAGGAACGGAAAUGGAGGAACGUUCAAUGGUGUCGGAGAGGAUGGAGGCCUCCCGUCCAAAUCAACCUCGGUACCUGGCAGCGCCCCCGAAACAAUGCUAGCUGGCAUUGGUGGCCUUGGGGUCGCAGAGCAAGUCGAUCGCUUAAUUCUCGAGGCUAUCAACGUUGAGAAUCUCUGUCAACACUAUAUUGGUUGGUGUUCGUUCUGGUGA